AUGGAAUUGACGGACGACUUGGUCUCCCGCGUGGGACAGCGCCUGCAGCACCUGCAGGCCCUCGCCGCCGCGCGGGCGCUGCCCAAGUCCCCCGCAGUUGCGCCCAGUUCCCCCGCGGUAGCUCCCGCUUCCGCCUCCGUAGCUGCGCCUGGCGGGGAAGGGGGGAGUGUGCUGGAUUCUCCCGCCCUACAGGCGGGAGAACCUCAAAGAGAAGCCCAGGGGGAGCAGGCGGAACAGGGCAGUAGAGAGUUGAGAGCAGAUGGCGCAGGGGAUAACGCUGGAGACACGGGAAAUGUAUCGCAAACGGGGCAUGCUAUAGCGGACACUGGCCGGAAGGACCAUGAGGGGGCUGAUGGUGGGGAGAAAGCGGGGACAUCCGGCGAAGGGGCGAAUGACGCGCGUGGCGGAGAUAAGGAGGCAGGCAGAGCGGAGCAGACAGGACAGGAGGGCGGGGAGGAAACAGCGCUUCCGGCAGAGGGGGACGCGAAUGGGGGCUUUGUCAAAAGGCCAGGGGAAGGCGAAGGGGAAGGAGCGGAGGGCGGAACGGGCGGAAAUUCCAGUAUGCCAGUUGCGCAGGCGAACACCGCACCAGUAGCGGGAGCAGUGGCACACGCGGAGGAAGAGAAGGCGGAGAAGAUCGUACUGGCGGGAUACAGCAACGAGCCGUCCGCAGCGGCGGAGAACAGCAGCCCCGCGCAGGCCGCAAGGGUGCAAACGGGCGGAGAAGCGGCAGCGGGGCGCGGAACCGACUCGUUCGCAGACGAGAGACCAGGGAACGAGGGGGCGGGGGGGGAAGGGUCGGACGGGAUGGGCGCAGAAGGGGCGGAUGGCGGAGAGGACGAGGAUUCGGAAGAGGGCGUGGAGAAAGAGGCGAGCCGCAUGCUGUCGUCGCAGUACCGCGGGGUGGUGCCGCAGCCCAACGGGCGGUGGGGCGCGCAGAUCUACGAGAAGCACAGCCGCGUGUGGCUCGGCACGUUCAACGGCGAGGAGGACGCGGCGCGCGCGUACGACCGCGCGGCGCUCAAGUUCCGCGGGAGAGACGCGAUGACGAACUUUCGCCCCAUGCCCGAGUCGCACCCUGAGAUCUGCUUCAUCAUGUCGCAACCCAAAGAGAAGCUGGUCGACAUGCUCCGCAAGCACACGUUCGACGAGGAGCUCGCCAAUGCGAACCUCGCGGACGCCGCCACGUCUCCACCUGCGCAGACCAACGCGCACGCGCUCGCGCUCCCCGCGCCCUCCGCGCAGCACGGGCAGGGGCAGGGUGCGCUGAUGCUGCCGGCGCAGGGGCAGGCGCAUCCCCACGACCCCCCUUACCCGGGGCAUUCCCCGCUCUCGCUUCCGCCAUCCGCGCAUCUCCACCCCGCGUCCUCCGGUUUCCUCGCUGGUUCCUCCCCCUCUGCGCCGCUCGCCCCAGGUCGCCCCGCACAGGACGGCGCGGGGACGCCCCUCCGCACCGUUGGGAGCGCGGGCGCUCCCGCAGGUGCGGGGAUGAGCGGCGGGCGGGAGCUGGGGUUCCCCGCUGCGGACGCGGCGCAGUCAGGCGGAGGGGGGUACCAUGGGGGAGGCGGGGGAACCGGGGGAGGAGCGGGACCAGGCGGGUACGGCGGAGGGGCUUCCCAGGUGAUGGGGGCAGCCGGCGGAGGCGCAAUGGGGGGAGGCAUGGGCGGAGCGAUGGGCGGAGGUGGCGGGGGCGGGGGGGGAGUGAGCAUGGCGGGGAAGGAGCAUCUGUUUGAGAAGGCGGUGACGCCCAGCGACGUGGGGAAGCUGAACCGGCUGGUGAUUCCCAAGCAGCACGCGGAGCGCUGCUUCCCCCUCGACCCCAACCUGCCCACGCCCGCUAUGACGCUGUCCUUCGAGGAUGAAGCUGGGAAACACUGGCGCUUCCGGUAUUCGUACUGGAACAGCAGUCAGAGCUACGUGCUGACCAAGGGGUGGAGCCGCUUCGUCAAGGAAAAGCUACUGGUUCCGGGCGACAUAGUCUAUUUCCACAGGGGCACCGCGGGGGACCUCUUCAUAGGCUUCCGCCGCCGCCCAGCGCAGGGCUUCGCGCCCUCCGCCGCUGCAUCCAGCGGGGGCGCGGGAGCCGCGCUGGGAUCCGCGGAUGGGGCGCAGGACGACCCCAUGGGGCUGCAGGGGCGGUCCUGGCGGAGGCCCUCCCCGCCCCGCCAGGCGGGCGGGGGGUAUGGGGGGUUUGCGGGGGGUGGGCAGCGGAGAGCGGACGGGGGAGGGUAUGGGCGGGACGAGGGGGAGGAUAGUAUGGAUGGGGAGGUGGGGAGUGUAGGCGGGGGCGGGGGCGGGGGCGGGGGAGGGGGGGAGCAGGGGAAGGUGGGUGCGAGCAGUCUCGCCGCGCUGACAGCAGCGAAGCUUCCUGCGUCGCUGCUAGCACAGCUAGGCCCGUCAGGCGUGGCGCAGCUGGCGUCACUGCUGACGUCAGUGACAGGGCAGGGUGGGCUGACCCCCGCCGUGCUCCUGUCCCAUAUCCAGCAAAUUCAACGGCAGAUGCAGCAGCAGCAGCAGCAGCAGCAGCAACAGGCGCCGCUGCAGCAUCAGGAGCAGAAAGAGGAGGAGCUGGAAGAGGAAGAGGAGGACGAGGAGGAGCAAACGUUACAACAGGGGCAGGGGCAAGGGGGGGGUGCGAUGGAGGGCGACGGGGCAGUGAGCGAGAUAGUCCCAGGAGUGGUGAAGGGGUCUGUGCAGGAGCAGCUGGUAAAUGCUGCAGUGGCCAAGGGACUGGCUGCGGGGCUGUCAAGAGACCAGAUAGUGUCGUCCAUUGCCGCCCUGCUCGCGCAGCAGCAAGCCAUGCGCAACUCCUCCUCCGCUACAGACAAAGCCGGUGAUGCGCAUGGUGGGGCGGCGCCACAUGGGGACGGCGGUGCGGGCGGCGCGGGGGGGAUGGGUGCGCCGUCGCUGCUGGUAGCGCCUGGAACAGGGGGGGCAGGAGCGCCAAUGGGAGCAGGGGGGGGAAUGGGGGGGAUGGGGGGAAUGAACUCAGACGGUCACGGGCAAGAGGCACCAUGGGAUCAGGGAAAUCCCUCCCAGCCUCCCCCCUCCCUGCACCCGCCCCUCUUCCACAUGCCGCAGUCGCUACCUCCCCUGGGUGGCACCCGUCCAGGAGGGUACGGAGGGGCGGGGGGCCUGGCGGGGAGGAAGCGGGAAGCGCCAGAGGAUUCAGCAGAGCCGUCGGGGAGUCGGGGGGACGUGGGGGACGGGGGCGCGGACGAUGGCGCGUCUAUGGCGUCAGGCAUGGGCGGAAUGGGUGGGGGGAAGCGCAUGGCGUCUCUUGCUGCUGCUGGCAGCGCGGCUGCUGGCGGGGGUGGCGGGGGGAGUUUCGGGGGAGGUGGUGGAGGGCUGGGGGGGUUCAUGGGUGCGCGAAUGAGUGGGCUUGGGGAUGCUGGUAGAGAGGCCUCUGGCGGCUCUCCCUUUUACCAGCACCAGCAGCAGAACCAGCAAAACCAGCAGAUGCCACAGGUGCAGCAGCAGUCACGGGCAGGGUUCAUGGGAGCAGCAGGGGGUGUGGCAGGUGGAGCAGCAGCAGGCGGUGCAGGCACAGCAGGAGGCGGUGGCGCUGGUGGCGGUGGUGGUUUGGGGGGACGAGGGGGCUCGCCCCCCUCCAGCCUGGGCCCUGAGCGCUCAGGUAACUCAUCCCCCGGCGCUGCAGGCGCGGGCAUGACGGGGGGCGUGGGGGAAGGCGCAGGGGGAGGCGGAGGCGGACUGGGGGGGCUGACAGGAUCAGCGGACGCAGCAGGGUUGGGAGCAGGGAGCAUGGCAGAAAACGCAGGGGGAGCGGGUGCACGGGGUGGGGCGGCAGGGGGAGGGGGAGGCGGGGGAGGCGGAGGAGCUGGAGGAGAGGAGAGCUUGCGGGUGAAGUGCUUUGUGGAGGGGUCUCCGUUUGGGGUGUCGGUGGAUCUGAGUCGGUUCCAGUCGACGCAGGAGCUGAGGGAGGCGCUGCUGUCGGUGACAGAGGGGUCCUCUGUGGUGUACCAGGACCGCGAGGGCGACAUGAUUCUGCUGGGCGACGAGUCCUGGGAGUUCUUUCUGAAAUCAGUCAGGCGUAUGUACAUCCGCAGGUGA